AUGUUUGCCAUAUUAGUUGAUCUCACUUGGUCAGAUGAUAUUCUGACCCUCUACCUCGAUCACCUCUUGCUAGGGGGUGCCCCAUUCCAUGCAUGCAGGCCUGACAUGUUCCGCGCCGCCAGUCCAUAUUGGGCCAUUGAUGUCUGUAGGGGUUCGAGGGGGGUAAACGAUCCAUUGGGACAUCCGGAAGUGGCAGAGUGGUUCUUUCCCUCGACCAUUACACUGUCAUGCCAUGCAUUACCCAUCCCUACCUCACUCUUUCCCAACUAUCCCAGCUUAGACUCCGACGCAGAAAUCCAUGCACACCUUCACAACAUCCGCUCCCUUCCCCGAGCUUGGAACAGAUUCUUCGACAAAAGCCUGACCCUAUCAUUAGAGCGCAAUACCUGUGCUAGCGUAAUGGGUGAACGCGCACCUGUCGAUACCUUAGUGCCCAGCAUUGUCUUUGAUCAUGGUGUCAUUGCUGGUAUUGACUCUUCUGCAUUCUCAGAGCCUAUUACUCGCCCUCUUACUUCAGGAGAGGCUCGUGUAGGAAUUUUGGAAUUCGGGGAAUAUGGAGCAGAUUGGAUAAGUAGUGUUGCCCGCCUUCCACCAGGCGCCUACACUAAACUUGCACUUCAACUCGCCUGGUACCGCACCCGCGGAUUCCUCACAGCGACCUACAAAACAGCCCUUACGCGAAUGUUCAAUGCUGGCCGUACAGAGUGCGUAAGGAGUGCAAGUGUGGAGGGGUUAGACUUUGUUCAAGCUGCUAAGGAAUGGGGAUGUGGAACUGAGUACGUAAUAGAGGGGGGCCAACACGAAGUGGAGAUGCAUCCACAUCUGCUUCCUCCCCCUUGGACUCUCCCUCGAGUUCAAGUCCCACUUAUCCCCCCGCAAAAACAUACGCACCCUCUCUCUCAGGAGUGGAAGCUCAGCACUAGUUGCUUGAGCUCCGGUGACCAAUUCCGAGGCACUGGCUUGGAGGAUGGUUAUGGGAUCAAUUAUCUCAUAGCACGCCACUGCAUCAAAUUCUGCGUCGAGUCCAAAUUAUCAUUCUCGCUCACCUCCACGAACAAGUUCAAGCAGCACAUUGCAGAUGCACUCCAGGAUGCUCGGGUGAUUUGCGAGGCUGGAGAGCUCGAGUUGAAAGACAGAACGAAGAAAUCAGUGGAUGGGAUGGGCACAAGGGUGCACGCACGGUUAUAG